UGCCAGGGGUAAAAUGGCUGCCAAAAGUUUUGCGUCCCGCUUCAGAGGCUCCCGCCGUUUUCUGAAUGGCUUCGUGGCAGGAGCGGUAGUGGGCGCCGCGGGAGCCGGGCUCACGGCCUUGCAUUUUCUCCGGAGUCAGGGCGCUGAGGCAGCGUUGGCGGUGAGGGAGCCAGAAGGUAAGUCUGUGGGUUCGAUCUCCCUUCCGCGACCCAGGUGUCGGGGCCCGACUCCUGCCUCGGGCGUGACUCGAAAUCCUCCACGCGCGGCUUUCGCCAUUCAUCCGCUCGCCUCCUUCACCAACUUCCUUCCCCCGGGGGCCUUCUUGGUCUUCUACCCCCAAAGUAUCCACGAAAUGAGAAGGCAUGUCAGCACAAGUUACUAUUUUUAUUUCUUUUCGCAGAAAGCCAUGGCUGAAACCUUUUACCUUUCUAAUAUUGUACCUCAGAAUUUUGAUAAUAAUGCUGGAUAUUGGAACAGAAUAGAAAUGUACUGUCGAGAACUGACGGAGAGGUUUGAAGAUGUUUGGAUAGUGUCUGGACCGUUGACCUUACCUCAGACUGGAAGCGAUGGAAAGAAAGUAGUUAAUUACCAGGUGAUUGGUGAGGACAAUGUGGCGGUCCCCUCGCACCUGUAUAAGGUGAUCCUGGCUCGCAGAAGCCCAGCGUCCCCUGAACCGCUGGCACUAGGGGCCUUCGUGGUUCCCAAUGAAGCCAUUGGCUUCCAACCCCAAUUACGUGAAUUCCAAGUGAGCCUUCAGGACCUAGAGAAAUUGUCAGGACUGGUGUUUUUUCCUCAUUUGGACAGAACUAGUGAUAUCAGGAAUAUCUGUUCUGUGGACACCUGUAAGCUCCUGGAUUUCAAGGAGUUCACUCUGUACCUGAGCACGAGAAAGAUUGAGGGAGCCCGCUCGGUACUCCAAGUGGAAAAGGUCAUGGAGAACUUGAGGAACGCAGGGAUCGAACCCGACGGCUAUUUCAUGAGUCGCUAUGAGAAGAAACUGGAAGAACUCAAAGCUAAGGAGCAGUUAAGAAGCCUGGAGAGGAAGCCAUCCUAGGCUUAAUCUCAGACGUGUGAUUAUCGUCUGUGAUGAAGCAGGCAGGUCCUGCUCAGGCGAAUGUGGCUUUGCUUUAAGAAAUCAUGGAAUACUAAAUUGAACACUGAAUUUCUCCCCCAAAGAUGAAAAAGCUAACAUUGUUUUUGUUAGUAUUUUAUUUGACGUGGGGACUAAUGAUUAAGAAAACUUGACCUGCAGGUCAAGGGCUGAUCUUGUGUCAGGCUAACGGGAGGACUGUGUCCACAAGACCCUCAGAACGUAUUGUAUGUGAGGGCAUACUGUAUUUUCAUGUCUGCACAUCGUACAUCUAAUGUGUCUGCUUAGUGUUCCUGGACCCCAGCAUUGUACAUUUUCUUCCCCUAGGACCUGAGUUGGUCUUAGAGAUGGCUUUUCGAUGCCCUCUAUGCAUGACCCUGUCCUGUCCACGUGUAUUGUCUGUUUCUUGUCCCUCCUCUCAUGGAGCUGCUGUUCCUGUCGUACGGAAGCUCACUUAGUGCGCUCUGUAUACUAAGCUCAGUGCUUCACAUGUGACAUCUUACAGUGACCCUCUGAGAAAUGCCACCAUCCUCCUUUUAGUCAUGAGGAAAGUGAGCUUAGAAAUCAAUCUUAAGUGUUUUAGCUCAGGUUUGCCUGCCUGAAGAAGUGACCCACCAGGAAUGAGGCAUAUAGGACUAAGAAAGCAUGAGGUACAUUCAAACCUUCCGCUACUCAGAGGCUUUUGACUAAGAAAUACACACCUACAUGGA